GCAGCGGGAGCCGCCGGGGCGCUGGCCGGGUAGGGACGCGCUCGUAUCCCGCGACAGCGCUCGGCUUCCUCCCCCCGAGGAGGAGGAGGGAGCGGUGGGAGGAGGAGGAGGAAGGCUCGGGGCCUGACAAAACCCUUUGGUUUUUCCAGGGAAGCGAGAGGGAAGGCGGGCAGCCGAGGAGAGACGGAGCCGAGGAGGGGGGGCGGUGGCACCAUGGUGAAGCUGGACAUCCACACGCUGGCCCAUCACCUGAAGCAGGAGCGGCUGUACGUGACCUCGGAGAAGCAGCUGAUCCAGCGCCUCAACGCCGACGUGCUGAAGACGGCGGAGCGGCUGUACCGCACGGCCUGGAUCUCCAAGCAGCAGCGCAUCAACCUCGACAGGCUCAUCAUCACCAGUGCUGAAGCCUCUCCUGCGGAAUGUUGCCAGCACGCAAAAGUCUUGGAGGACACACAGUUUGUGGAUGGAUACAAGCAGCUGGGAUUCCAGGAGACGGCUUACGGAGAAUUCCUGAACAGACUGCGAGAGAACCCCAGGCUCAUUGCAUCCUGCUUGGUUGCCGGGGAGAAGCUCAACCAGGACAACACCCAGAGCGUCAUUCACACGGUCUUUACCUCCAUUUAUGGCAACUGCAUCAUGCAGGAGGAUGAGAGUUACCUCCUGCAGGUGCUGCGCUACCUGAUUGAGUUUGAACUGAAGGAAAGCGACAACCCCAGGCGGCUGCUGAGACGAGGCACCUGUGCCUUCAGCAUCUUGUUCAAGCUCUUCUCCGAAGGACUCUUUUCUGCAAAACUUUUUCUUACUGCCACCUUACACGAGCCGAUCAUGCAGCUUCUGGUUGAGGAUGAAGACCACCUGGAGACCGAUGCAAACAAAUUAAUUGAGAGAUUCUCCCCUGUACAGCAGGAAAAGUUGUUUGGAGAGAAAGGCACAGAAAAGUUCAAGCAGAGAGUCCAAGAGAUGGUUGACUCCAAUGAGGCCAAGCUGGUGACCUUGGUCAACAAAUUCAUUGGCUAUCUCAAACAAAACACGUACUGUUUUCCUCACAGCCUGAGGUGGAUCGUGUCGCAGAUGUACAAAACGCUGUCGUGCGUGGACAGGCUGGAGGUUGGCGAGGUCAGAGCCAUGUGCACGGAUCUCCUCCUGGCCUGCUUCAUCUGCCCUGCCAUCGUCAACCCGGAGCAGUACGGCAUCAUUUCUGAUGCUCCUAUAAAUGAGGUGGCAAGAUUUAAUCUGAUGCAGGUUGGGAGACUUCUACAGCAGCUGGCAAUGACAGGUUCUGAGGAGGGAGAUCCACAUACGAAGAGCAACCUUGCUAAAUUUGACAAAAGCUGCGUUGCUGCUUUCCUGGACGUGGUGAUCGACGGGCGCGCGGUCGAGACUCCGCCGCUGUCGGCCGUGAACCUGCUGGAGGGGCUGAGCCGCACCGUGGUGUACGUGACCUACAGCCAGCUCACUGCCCUGGUUGGCUUCAUGCGGAACGUGAUGUCAAGCGAUCAGCUUAAGGAAGACCGGAUGGCUUUGGAAAACCUGCUGGCAAAUUUACCCCAGAACAAACCGGGGAAAAGCAGCAGCCUUGAAAUGACUCCGUAUAAUACCCCCCAGCUUUCUCCUGCAACUACUCCAGCUAACAAAAAAAACCGACUGCCCAUAGGACAGCAGUUGGCAGCGAUUACUGCCUGGGAUACCUCUGCUACCAAUCUGUCAGCUCACAUAACUCUAGUAACCCCUUUUGCCACUCGAAGCAGAAGUAGAUCAAACAUGGACCAGCACGGAGAUCAUGAAGGAUCCUCCCAGGACACUAUUCCAGAAGUUCAGCCAGAAGAAGUGCUGGUGAUUUCUUUGGGGACAGGUCCACAGAUUACUCCAGGAAUGAUGUCAGAAAAUGAGGUGUUAAAUAUGCAGCUUGCAGAUGGCGGGCAAGGAGAUGUCCCCAUCGACGAGAACAAAAUCCAUGGCCCUUCCAAUCGCUCCAACUCCGUGUCGUCUCUGGAUCUGGAGGGGGAGUCGGUGUCGGAGCUGGGCGCGGGCCCCUCCGGCAGCAACGGCGUCGAGGCUCUGCAGCUGCUGGAGCACGAGCAAGCCACAACUCAGGAUAACCUGGAUGACAAGCUCCGUAAGUUUGAAAUCCGUGACAUGAUGGGUUUGACUGAUGACAGAGAUAUUUCAGAAACUGUGAGUGAAACCUGGAGCACAGAUGUUUUGGGAAGUGACUUCGACCCCAACAUCGACGAGGACCGGCUGCAGGAAAUUGCAGGUGCAGCUGCAGAGAACAUGCUAGGCAGCUUGCUGUGUUUGCCAGGUUCAGGAUCCGUGUUGCUUGAUCCCUGCACAGGUUCAACCAUAUCAGAAACCACAAGUGAGGCGUGGAGUGUGGAAGUAUUACCAAGUGAUUCAGAGGCUCCAGAUUUAAAACAGGAGGAAAGACUGCAGGAGCUGGAGAGCUGCUCUGGGCUGGGCAGCACGUCUGAUGACACUGAUGUGAGGGAGGUCAGCUCUCGGCCCAGCACCCCCGGCCUGAGCGUUGUGUCAGGUAUUAGUGCAACAUCUGAAGAUAUUCCCAACAAGAUUGAGGAUCUCAGGUCUGAAUGUAGCUCUGACUUUGGGGGAAAAGAUUCUGUAACAAGUCCUGACAUGGAUGAAACAGCCCAUGGAGCCAGUCAGUUGACAUCUCCUCCUUCUCAGACAGAUUCUUUGCUUGCAUUGUUUGACCCUCUGUCCUCAAAUGAGGGUGUGUCAGCUGUAGUAAGGCCUAAAGUGCAUUAUGCAAGACCCUCUCACCCACCUCCAGAUCCCCCCAUCCUGGAGGGAGCCGUGGGAGGGAACGAGGCCCGAUUGCCGAGCUUUGGGUCUCACGCUUUGAUUCCAACGGACCUGGAAGCCUUCAAGCAGAGGCAUUCCUACCCGGAGAGGCUGGUCCGCAGCAGGAGCUCGGACAUCGUGUCCGCAGUCCGGAGGCCUAUGAGUGAUCCUGGCUGGAACAGACGUGCUGGGAACGAGGAGAGGGAGCUGCCCGUGGCCUCCAGCAGCACCGGGGCAGCCGUGCUGGCCGCCGCCUCUCAGUCGUCAUCGUCAUCUCCCAGCAAGGACUCCUCCAGGGGAGAGAUUGAGGAACGGAAAGACAGUGAUGAUGAGAAGUCUGACAGGAACAAGCCCUGGUGGAAGAAACGUUUUGUGUCUGCCAUGCCCAAAGCUCCUAUUCCAUUCAGGAAGAAAGAAAAACAAGAAAAAGACAAAGAUGACAUGGUACCUGACAGAUAUGCAACGCUUCAAGAUGAUCCCAGCCCAAGGCUCAGUGCACAGGCACAAGCUGCUGAGGACAUUCUGGACAAAUACAGGAAUGCAAUCAAGAGAACAAGUCCCAGUGAAGGAGCCAUAGUGAACUACGACAGUGCAGAGGCCAUUGGGGAUGGUGAGAGCAUGCACGACUCCCCACGGGACGAGGCUUUGCAGAACAUGUCUGCAGAUGACCUCCCAGACUCUGCAAGUCAAGUAGCUCAGCCACAAGGUUCUGCUUUCUCCUACAGGGAUGCAAAGAAGAAAUUGAGAUUGGCUCUUUGUUCAGCAGAUUCUGUUGCCCUCCCGAUGCUGACACAUUCAACAAGGAAUGGUCUCCCCGACCACACAGACCCCGAAGAUAAUGAAAUUGUGUGCUUCUUGAAAGUUCAGCUGGCUGAAGCCAUCAACCUGCAGGACAAGAACCUGAUGGCACAGCUGCAGGAGACGAUGCGCUGCGUGAGCCGCUUCGACAACCGCACCUGCCGCAAGCUGCUGGCCUCCAUUGCAGAGGACUACAGGAAAAGAGCUCCAUACAUCGCUUAUUUAACUCGCUGUCGCCAAGGCCUGCAGACGACACAGGCGCACCUGGAGAGGCUCUUACAGAGAGUCCUGCGAGAUAAAGAAGUGGCCAACAGAUACUUCACCACAGUCUGUGUGAGGUUACUGCUGGAGAGCAAGGAAAAGAAAAUAAGGGAGUUCAUUCAAGAUUUCCAGAAACUCACGGCAGCAGAUGACAAAACAGCCCAAGUAGAGGAUUUUCUCCAGUUCCUGUACGGGGCUAUGGCUCAGGAUGCCAUAUGGCAGAAUGCCAGCGAGGAGCAGCUCCAGGAUGCACAAUUAGCCAUCGAGCGCAGUGUGAUGAAUCGCAUUUUCAAACUCGCCUUCUACCCUAAUCAGGAUGGAGACAUUUUGCGUGACCAGGUCCUUCAUGAGCACAUACAGAGGUUAUCCAAAGUAGUGACGGCAAACCACAAGGCACUUCAGAUCCCUGAGGUGUAUCUCCGGGAGGCGCCGUGGCCGUCGGCGCAGUCCGAGAUCCGCACCAUAAGCGCGUACAAGACCCCCCGGGACAAGGUGCAGUGUAUCCUGAGGAUGUGCUCCACCAUCAUGAACCUGCUCAGUCUGGCCAACGAGGACUCCGUACCUGGGGCAGACGAUUUCGUUCCUGUCCUGGUCUUUGUCCUCAUAAAGGCAAACCCCCCUUGCCUGCUGUCCACUGUGCAGUACAUCAGCAGUUUCUACGCCAACUGUUUGUCUGGAGAGGAGUCGUACUGGUGGAUGCAGUUCACGGCAGCCGUGGAGUUCAUCAAAACGAUCGAUGAUCGCAAGUAGCUGGCACGGCACAGGCAGACUGUGAGCAGGAGAGGAGUUCCUAAGAAUGUACAACAGCUGCAAGAGCUGAAGAAAAGACUUUCCUUGUAAAAUACUGUACAGAAUUGAGGCAUUUUAAACCUUUACUAAUCUAAUUAAUUUAACAGAUUUUCCUCUUCUCUUUGGGUUGCGUUUUUCUCCCCUCUAGAGACUGGCACUGCAAAAGGGACCACAGUUUUCAGGUAUUUUGGAAUCUCCAAACAUGCAGAAAAUUUCUUCAUGCUUUCUCCACCACCCCUCUUCCUGAAUUCUUAUUCACGUGAAUAAUUCACUUCAUUUAAUUUCUAACAGAAAACUGAAACAAGAGGAAUCAGGGCAGCCACGUAGUAAACUUUCUAGUUGAAUACACCUUUUAUUAAGAAAACACCAGCCAACACAGAAAGUUUGUAGUAGCUGACAUCAGUUAUUGGUUAUAUUUCACCUAAAUUUAAAAUCUGAGAGGACAGUGUAAAUAUUAUAUAACUAUAUUUAAUGCAUUGCAAGUAUCUUUGGACUUACUAUCCUUUGAAUAAACAAGCAAAGGCCUCUCUGACCUCUAACGGGUUAUGACGUGCCAUGUUUCGGUGACGAAAGGACUUCCUCAAAAGGCUAAGAUUUAAAAAGGGCAAACUGAACUAUUUAUUAAGCUGUAAUUAAGAUUACUGAAAUUUCUAAAACUGGAAUUUAUAAUAGGGCUUAUUAGCUAGCUGAACACUUCUUGGCUAGGGCAUUAGGGUGUUACAGAGGUUUGGAUAUAUAGAGGAGAGGAACUGUAAGUUACAAUAGAGAAGUCUAAUAUAAAAAGGAGAAAUAAAAUACCUUACUGUAAUAUUUUUUUCUGAGCUAUUGUGUAUACUGUACAAACCCCAAACAGAGAUCCUUAACAGAACCUUGGGCUGUAAUAUAUAUUUUGAUUAGUGACAUUAAAUACAUAUGCCAGGGGGUUCAGUGAAUGUUUUUACUAAAUGUUCUUCGUGUUGUCUGCUAUGCAGCAGUGCAAGUUUUACUGUUCAUAAAAAAAUAUUUUAAAAUAAUAUAACACUGUUCUUUAUGAAACAUAUCAUGACAUCAGUUCAGGGUGUUUUAUAGAUUUCUCACCCCGCCUCCCCCUUAAACUGACAGUUACCGAUUUAAAGAGGUUUUUAUGCACAACACCACUUGUUUUUCAUGAGUGAAGUGGUCUGGGGCAUGGCCAGUGGGUGUUGGCUGUUUGUAAGCCCUUGCUGCUCUUUUUCAGCUUCAAUACAGUGAAAAAGGACAGCGAGCAUUGAACUUUUUCAUGUCAGUAUUAUUUCUUGCUCUUUCCAGAGUGUUCAUUGCACUUCUGACAUAGGGAUGUGGUAAGACUUGGUGUCUGGGAGUGGUAAAGGAAACAAAAUCUUUCUCACAUUCUUUUCAAAACACGAUUGGUUCAUUUGGUGUGUGUGUGCAUUUUGAUGACUAAAACCUGUAAACAACUAGUACCUGGGAAAAUCACAUGGUUAAUUGGAAUUAGAGCAAUUUAUGUAAAGUAGUGAGUGCUUGAUUUGGCUGUGCUACUUGUCGAGGCAUAAUCAGGAAACUUACUUUUUAGGGCUCUCAGAUAUAACUCAGUCUAGCAGUUUUGCCUAACUAUUCACAGGUGAGAAUGUGAGGUGGUAAACUUUUCUUUAUAGUCUUUCUCCUCUAUUAGAGACUCGAUUGUGUGGAGGAGCAAUACUCAGUCAAAACAAUUCUUCUGAUCUGCCUUACUUGGUGUCUCAGUCUGCGUAGCAUUGCAAUAUUCUGGUUAUUUAGCCUUGAUGGGUUUUUGGUGCUGAACAUGUAACUCCAUAUUGCAAGCACAGCCCUGCAGCAAAGCACAAACCUGCCCGUGUAGAUAUGGCCAGAUCAUAUCAAAAAGCAAUAUAAAUUCAUUUCUAUUGAAGUGUCCUGUAAUAUGUAAUUAUUACUUGAAUAUCCAAGAUGUUAAGAGUGAUGUGUGAAAGUUCUGCAGUUUGGGUGUUGUUUGAGGAGAGUGUUUGUAGGAUCCCUGAAGAAGGCACGGGGCCCAGGAGGUGGUGAUCGCCCUCAGUGCUGGCCUGGCUCGCAGGGUUUGGUCAGCACCAUCGGGGCUUUCAGGUUCACUCUCCUUUAUGGAAGGGGCAAGAACCAUUUCCUUCACAGCUUUUAUCACUUGGUUUCUCUGCAUAGAAAAAUACUUAAAAGAACUGGAGUCUUUUUUUAAAUGUUACUUAGUUAUUUUAAAACCAGUAGGUGUUUCAGUGAGCCCCGGGUGAGCUGAGAGUUUUUGUAGCAAGAUGGUCUUUUGCGUCUUUUUUUCCAGCCUACUCUGAGGGUCCUUUAUAUAGUCUUGAUAGGUGUAGCUAGAGAAUUAGGCUUUCCAAAGAAUUAAAAACCUGUCUGUAAUGUCCUUUUACUGUUUUCCCCGGUGUCCCGUAAUGUUUUGUUUUAAAAUGCUAAAUUCUGAGUCUAGGACGUGAUGUUGUUAGGUUUGAUGUGCAAUAGCGAAGGUGAAAAGACACUGCGUAAAGGACCAAAAGUACCAGAACUGCUGCCAAAAGGUGCCAGCCACGGGCCUGCUGCUGUAAUCUCGGUGCUUGCUGUGAACUGAACUACUUCAGCCACUGGAGGAGGGUUGGAACGUUUUGGGCAAAGUGGAGCAGGGGAAGGAAAGGACCUUGGUAGCAGGUCACAGUCGUGGGCUCCAGGCUUGGUCGUUGUCUCAGCGCCAAUUGUUGGCACGUUCUGAGGAAGUGCCACAUAAAACAAUGGCACGUCUGUGCUGGGAAUGUUACAGAGGUGCUGGUUUCCUUUUUGGGUAGAGGAGGGAAAGGAAAGGGCUGGGUUUUUCAUCUCUAGGAGAUUCCUUUGUGCUCCUAAGUGAGAUGUCUCUUUAAACCUUUUUAAAAUCCUCUUUAAAGAGAAUCAGAAUGUGUCUGGCCUAUCAAGGAUUUGAGUUUAAAAGUUUUUGUUUUGAAGACCUUUUACUACCAAAUGCUGAAUGUAACUGCCAUAAACUUCAGGAAAAAAAGCCACGAACAUGAUGCUGUUUCCUGUGGGUGAGUCUGGUGAGCACAGUGUUGGUUUGUAUUGCUUGAAGAUGUUUUUGUUCUGUUAAGCCAAAUUCUCACAGAACUGGAGAGCUCACUGCCGUGGGGAGGGGUUGGAGAGGGGGCAGAGCUGCUGGCAGCAGAGCUGUGUGUUGGCACGAGUGAGUCAGUGUGCCUGGAGAGCUGGAGCAGCAGGAGGGCAGUGGGGACGGAGGGGGAAGGAUGCUCACGCCUGGGGACGUGGUUGAGCCUGUACUACUUGAGAAUUAACCUCUGCUGAGUUAGUAGUGUGUGUUCUGUACCUUUUAAUUGUGCUUUACCUCUAUUGAAAAGCUUUGUACUGCCUCUCCUCUUUGGUAAAGCCUUUAUAAAUCUAAAUUAACGAGCUUGCACAAUCUUGUAUACAGGAACCCCAUCUUGUCUCCUAACGUGAUUAUUAAUGUAUUAUUCUGUAAAAACUGAUUAAAAGGAGAGCAGUUUAA